AUGGCCUCCCGGCGGCUCGCUCUCAACCUGCAGCAGGGCAUGCGCUCCCGCGCCGCCAUCAACGCCGUCAAGUCGUCCCGCUCCUCGCCUUUGACCCGCGGCCUUGCGACCCCCGUCAGCUACGGCUCCAAGACCGAGUCGACAACGCUGAAAAAUGGUUUCACGAUCGCUACCGAGCACUCCCCGUGGGCCCAGACAUCGACUGUUGGUGUGUGGAUUGAUGCGGGAAGCCGCGCAGAGACCGACAAGACCAAUGGAACUGCACACUUCUUGGAGCACCUUGCUUUCAAGAAGCGCACACAGCAACAAUUGGAGCUCGAGAUAGAAAACAUGGGUGGCCACUUGAACGCCUACACCUCGCGCGAGAACACCGUCUACUACGCCAAGGCCUUCAACAACGACGUCCCCGCUGCCGUUGACAUCCUCUCCGAUAUUCUCCAAAACUCCAAGCUCGAGCCCCAAGCCAUCGAACGCGAGCGUGAUGUCAUUCUGCGAGAGCAGGAGGAGGUUGACAAGCAGCUCGAAGAAGUCGUGUUCGAUCAUCUUCACGCUACCGCUUUCCAGGGCCAGCCGCUUGGACGCACCAUCCUUGGACCCAAGGAGAACAUUCAGAGCAUUCAGCGCUCCGACCUUGAGAACUACAUCAAGACCAACUACACUGCCGAUCGCAUGGUUCUCGUUGGUGCAGGUGGCAUUCCCCACGAGCAGCUUGUCGACCUCGCUGAGAAGUACUUCGCCAACCUGCCCAGUGAGCCCCAGGACUACUCCCACCAGUCCAUUGCUGCUGAGCAGAAGCAGAAGCCCGACUUCAUCGGCUCAGAGGUCCGCCUCCGUGACGACACCAUGGGAACCGCCAACAUUGCCAUCGCCGUAGAGGGUGUCAGCUGGAGCGACCCAGACUACUUCACUGCAUUGGUUACACAGGCAAUCGUUGGUAACUGGGAUCGUGCUAUGGGUACCUCGGACUACCUCGGCAGCAAGCUCAGCAACUUUGUCUCGCAAAACGGUCUGGCCAACAGCUUCAUGAGCUUCUCCACCAGCUACUCCGACACUGGUCUCUGGGGAAUCUACCUUACAACCCAAAACUUCACCCAAAUUGAUGACCUCGUCCACUUCACCCUCCGUGAGUGGUCCCGCCUAUCGAUGAAUGUCACCUCCGCCGAGGUCGAGCGCGCCAAGGCCCAACUCAAGGCUUCCAUCCUGCUCGCUCUGGACGGUACCACCGCUGUCGCCGAGGACAUUGGUCGCCAAAUUGUCACCACUGGCCGCAGGUUAUCACCCGAAGAGGUUGAGCGUGUCGUUGGCGCCAUCACAGAGAAGGACGUCAUGAACUUUGCCAAGACCAAGCUCUGGGACAGGGACAUUGCCGUCUCAGCUGUUGGACAAAUUGAGGGUCUGUUGGACUACAACCGCAUCAGGAAUGACAUGAGCAGAAUGCUCUCAUAG